AAAUAUAUUUCUGUAACACACGCUUUAAAAUUCAGUGAAGUAACCAGUCAUAAAGUUUUUGUAUUUCCUUCAAACUGUCCACAUACUUCCUUGUUCUUCAGACAGGGAGAGAGAGAGAGCAAGAGAGAGAGAGGCUCAAUUAGCUGGUGUUAAAUUAUUAACUGACAGACAGAGGCAGAACUGAGACACAGAGAGGGAAAGAGACAACUAAGAGGUAGAGAGAGAGAGAGAGAGAGAGAGAGAGAGGCUUAUUUCAAUUUCAGUUUUGGCUGAUCAGCCUGCAGCCAGGAGAGGAGAGUCAGUGAGGCGCACGAGCUCGGCUCAGGUGUUGGAUGUUACUUGACUCGACAUGGAGCUGCUGCCCUCGCUGCUGUCCAGACUGAAGACAGUCGAUUCCAGGACUGUGGAUCAGGAGUACAGUAUGGUGCGUUCACGGUCUUUGGGGUAUAAGAAAGAGCUGGGCUUGACCUCUGAGGCUGGAGCUCUGAAGGAAAACAUCAAGAAGAACAGAUAUAAAGACAUCCUGCCAUAUGACCAGUCUCGGGUGGAGCUCUCUCUGCCGACCACAGACUCCAACUCUGAUUACAUCAACGCCAGCUUCAUCAAGGGGGCGACAGGAGACUGCAAAUACAUUGGCUGUCAGGGGCCCCUCAGCUCCACUGUGACUGAUUUCUGGAGGAUGAUCUGGCAGUACAACGUCAAGGUGAUAGUCAUGGCCUGCAGAGAGAUAGAGAUGGGAAAGAGAAAGUGUGAGUGUUACUGGGCUGCAGCUCAGCAGUCGGCUUCAUUUGGACCGUUUACUGUCAGCAACCAGGAGGAGACACAUCCCAAUGAAGAUAUAGUGGUGAGAAAUCUGACCGUCACAUUCCAGCAGGCCAGCCGGUCAGUGAUUCAUUAUCAGUUCCUUUCAUGGCCGGAUCAUGACGUUCCCUACGAGACUGCUGGAGUCCUGGACAUGCUGGAGAGAGCCAGGAGCAGCCGUGGAGCCAACGUCUCACCUCUGCUGAUACAUUGCAGCGCAGGCUGUGGGAGGACAGGAGUCAUCUGUGCACUAGACUACAUCCAUGACCUGCUGGUUACCAAGAAGAUCACACCAGAGUUCAGCAUCCUGAACAUCGUCCUGGAGCUCAGGAGGCAGAGACCCUCAACAGUGCAAACUAAAGAUCAGUUCCAGUUCAUCUACACAGCUGCCAUCUCUAUGUUUGAACAAUUCCUGCAGACAUCUAAGGAGCAGGUCUACAGCACCCUACAGACAAAGAAAACCACAACAGCUGCAUCUUCCAGCAACAGAUUAUCACAGCAGGUUGUCAUGAAUGAUACGUACGCUGUGGUCAACAAGCCCAAACACGCCCAUCCACCCCCAUCGGCUCCCACCUACUCAGCUGUACCCCUGUCCAGAUCCAAUCCUGGAAGCAGGACAAUGCCCACCUCCCAUCACUAUGACAACGACCCCAAGAGUGUGUCAGCUGCUCCCAUCUACAGCACCGUCAAACCCCGAGCUAAACAGCAGAGCCUGCCACCCUCAGUGACACCCAUCUAUGACAUAGCAUCACCGACCGGUCAAAAGCCUGGGGAGGGCUCAGACUAUCAGCUGGUUGCAGCUGAGAAAUCUUCAAUGGACUGUAACGAUUAUGAAGAUUUUUCCUCUUCAGUCUCAGAUGUGACCAGCUUCUGUUCGCCUGGUAGCAUCGGGUUUAACUGUCGGAUUCAGAAGCCCAGAGGACCCAGAGAUCCUCCAGCUGAGUGGACUCGGGUGGAGAGAUGAACUGGUUUAACUGGUUUAUCAGAGACUGUUGGACUGGACUGGACUGAAUUAGACUUGAAUCUGACUGUUUGUGUGAUUUGAUUUGCUAAACUGGUGUCACUGUGAUCAUCUGACCGGGUUCAGAAAGCUGCCUGUAAAUAUUUAUCGAAAUCAUGCUUGACGUGUCUGUAUUUUAUGUAUUUAAAGGUUCAAUUUACCUUUUUGGUGGGAAUAAUUUAAUAUGUUAAAUAUUUCGAAUAGACGUUUACAGACUUUGACCACAAUCUUAAAUCAUAUUUGACCUCCUGACCAGGGACUUUAUCUUAUUUUAGAUGUUGAAUCUUCACUGUCACUAUCAUUUGAAGACACAAAAGCUCAGUAUCACUAACAUUUGAUUUUGUAACGUGAGUGUUAAUGACAAAUUGUAAAAAUAAAAAUGGAACAUCACA